UAUUGACUCAUAAAUAUUUAAUUGGAAAAAUCUGAUGUCUGCCAAUUGCAGCAAUCACAUAUGUUUUAAGAUAAGAUUAAGCCAUGGGUGUUAGCGGAUUGUGACACAGAAAAAAGUCACAACAAAGCAUGCGCGUACUGAUUAUCUUUGAGUAUUUAAUUGAUAUUCUAUUGUUAUUUAUUGUAAGAAGUGGAAAUGUUCUUAUAUCAUAUUCUUUUAGUCAUGUAUUAGAAAAUUUAAAACUAAACAUAAUGUUGACAAUGUCGAAUAGCAAAAAGCCCUUGACAAUCAUUUGUGUUCGAAACGUUUAAGUGGCAGGUUGUCCACAAUGGGUCUUAAUAAAUUAUCGUGGAUUUUAGGUCUAACCAUUGCUGUAGCUACCAUAAGUUAUUCGGCAUGUGCUUCUGCACCUACAGAUAUGUUGAGAUUUUUCAACGAACAGGGCCCUCGUAUAAUAAAUGGCACUGAGGCUACUUUAAAGGCCACCAAACAUCAGGUUUCGGUUAGAAGUCGCUAUAAAGAUGACAUCUUCUAUGGUACAGGUCAUCUUUGUGGUGCUUCUUUGAUAUCCGAAAAUGUGGUUCUGUCUGCUGGCCACUGUUUUAUAGAGUGAGUAGA